UGCUCAUGUGAUUUGUACCUUUUUAUCAACAGAGAAGGUUUGACAAUCUUUAGAAUUUUGGACUUGGACUCUGGACUUGGACUAAAGUUUAGCUUACAUUAUACUACGAAUUCCCUUUGACUUAACUAUCAAUAAGAAAGGAUAACUUAUCGUUAUCAUUAGCAUUAAAGUCAGCUACAUUUGAAAUCUAUAGUUUGUUUCAUCGUACCGUUAGCCGGAGACGUUUUGUGUUGUGUUGGUGCGCGUCGUCAUGUCCAGCGGGUACCAGAUAGUGGUGCAGGGCGAGGCUUCGGAGACGGACUCCGAUGAUGAAGUCUACAUCACCUCCAUGUCUCCUCCGCAAAUCGCCCCAGUCGGAGCGAAGGUUCCCGGGGAGGCGUCUGAAACUGACAGCGAGGAGGAGGAGGCGGAGGGGGGACAACAGGCCGACCGAGCCUCCUCGCUUAGACAGGACAGCGCCCACGUGCUGAGGAGAGACCUUCCCCCUCUUAUAGUAGUCAGGGACCAUCCUGAUAUACAGUCGGUAGUGGAGGACAGGCCAAGUCCCACACACAGACCACAAGGUGACACACUAUUACAACAGAAGCUGCAGGAAUCUAACAGUCGGCUGCAUUCUGACGUUGGGCAAAUGGUACGGCAGGUUUAUGGAACAGCCUGUAAAGAGGUUCAAAGUGCAACAGCUCAGCUAAAUACAUCGCAGAGCGCCAUAAUCAAUGCGUCCCACAGCAUCCGAUUAAUCCUGGAUGACCUGAAGGCAGUGUCCGAAAAGAUUGACAUCAUCACCAGCUGUCAAAUACUACCUGAUAUCAACAUCAAAAGUUCAAAUAAUCAUACAACGCCUGCACUGUAGAAUAUGUGUGAAAUCCACAGCCACACUUAGGAUGUAUUUGUCUGUCAGGAUUCUCUGGGGAUAUUUACUGUAAAGAGAUGAUCCUCUGUCUUUCUAUCUUCUACAGCUGUCCUUCUGGCUAACACUUCACAAAGAAAUACUCACUGUCCUUUUUUUGUAAAUCUCAAUAUUUGUUGGAGGUCAAAGAAGCAGACUUGCAUUCAGCCUAUAAUGUUUUUCUGUGUAAAUAUUCGAUAAAUAUAAUACGUACUAAUAUAAAGAUUUUCUGUUGGAAACCUGAA